AUGACCAUAAUUGUCUUUCUCAUCGACACUUCUGCAUCAAUGAAUCAGAGGGCAUAUUUAGGAGGACGCCCGACACUUCUUGAUGUUGCUAAAAGCGCAGUUGAAACUUUUGUCAAGGUGAGACAGAGGUCACCCGAAAGUCGGUGUGACAGAUAUAUGCUUUUAACAUUUGAAGAUCCUCCACAAAAUAUAAAAGCAGGAUGGAAAGAAAAUCUUGCGACGUUUAUGAAUGAAUUGAAAAACCUUCAGUGUGUUGGCUUGACUACUUUAGGUGCUGCUUUAAAACAUGCACUUGAUGUUUUAAAUAUUAAUCGAAUGCAAACAGGAAUUGAUACAUACGGCCAAGGAAGAUGUCCCUUUUAUUUGGAGCCUUCUGUGAUUGUAUUAAUUACAGAUGGUGGAAAAUACACGACAACUAGUGGAGUUCAACAAGAUUUCACUUUACCUAUGCACGCACCAAUUCCCGGCUCGGAAUUGACCAAAGAACCGUUUAGAUGGGACCAGAGAUUAUUUUCAUUAGUGCUUAGACUCUCGGGAACACCCGCGAUUGACAGAGACACCGGCUUAGUGGCUAGUGACGCUUCACCAAUCGAUGCAAUGUGUGAAGUUACUGGAGGACGAUCAUACUGCAUAACGUCGCACAGAAUGAUGAUGCAGUGUAUUGACUCUUUAGUACAGAAAGUACAAUCCGGUGUUGUGAUAAAUUUCGAAAAAAUAGGUCCAGAUCCACCGCCUUUACCGAAUGAAAUUUUAUCACAACAACAAUUGACUCUACAACAACAACAACCAAUGCAACCGCAGCCAGUAGUACAACCAGAAGAUGAAGAAAAUGAUGAUGAGAACUCGUCAACCACAGCUAAUGGAAUAAAAUCACAGUAUUUACCUAUUCCAGUAGCAGUAGGAAAUACAGCUUGGCAUUCGUGUCGUAGACUCAUUUAUGUACCAAGACAAGCGCAGAAAGGCUUUGCCGUUGGUUUUUGGCCUAUUCCCGAAAGUUUUUGGCCAGAUUUAAAUGCAAGUUCAUUGCCACCAAGAUCUGCGCACCCCAACGUUAAAUUUACUUGUACUAGUCAAGAGCCAAUGGUUAUUGAAAAUUUACCUUUUGAUAAAUAUGAACUCGAACCAAGUCCUUUGACGCAAUAUAUAUUAGCUAGAAAACAACCGACAACUUGCUGGCAAGUAUUCGUUGCUAAUUCUUACAAAUCAAGUGAAGUUGGACAUCCUUUUGGUUAUUUGAAAGCUAGUACUAAUCUCACCUGUGUUAAUCUCUUUGUUAUGCCUUAUAAUUAUCCUGUAUUGUUACCAUUACUUGAGGAGUUAUUUAAGGUUCACAGAUUGAAACCAACGAAUGAAUGGAGGACACAAUUUCAAAAUUAUUUAAGGACAAUGCCUACUUAUUAUGCUGCAUCUUUGAGGAGAGCUUUAACAAGGAUGGGUGCGCCAGCACCUUUGGCUCAAACUCUCAUUCCAGAUAAUUUAGACAACUCUUUGUCUUACAGCGUACUAAAUUACUUGAAACGAUUGAAAAAUCAAGCAAAAAUCGAAUUUGACAGACUAUGUACUGAAGUGAUAUCAAAACAAGCUGCUAAUGCCAAUGCUAAUAAAUUUUUAGUUAAUGGAACUACGUCACCUGUUACGGAAGGAAUUCGUGUGAUUCCGCGAAGUCCUUUGAAAAAGGAUUUAGUUUCUCAUCCUUUACUUCAAGACAAAUUUAUAGGUCUCCGAGAUCAAUUGAAUGAAUUUGGUGGUUUUGUUGUAGGUCUUGUAAGAAAUCAACAACAACAACGUGGAGUUCACAGUUAUAGAAAUGCUUUUGAUGUACCAAGAAAAAGUUUAUUGGACCAAGUAGUACGGAUGAGGGCCAAUUUCCUUCAACCUGGAUUGAUGCACACUAAAUUGUUAGAUGACGAUUUUGUUCAUUCGAUGCCUGUUGCUCAAAUGGGUAAUUAUCAAGAGUAUCUUAAACGUAUGACGCCACCGCUUCGAGAAAUUGAAAGUGCACCUGUAAGGCAACAUAUGUUUGGCAAUCCAUUCAAAAUUGAUAAACGCAUGAUGGUUGAUGAAGCAGAUAUGGACAUGGUUGGAAGUCCUUCAUCUUCGUCAGCAUCUAACUCUUCACCUGGAAAUCAAUCUAUGUUGAGCUCCUCAUCUUCGCCAUCCAAUAUAUCCAGUAAUUCUUUAUCAUCGGGAAUUUCACCAUCAACGUCGAAUUCAAAAAGCCUUAAACGGUCUUUGGAUAAUAGCAGUGUAAAUAAUAUUAGUCCUAUUCUCUCUCGACCAUCGGCGAAUAAAAGAAAACCUGGGCCUAUUCCAAAAGAUUAUAUAAUACGGAGACGAUCAUAUGUAUCACCGUCACCGUCACCUUCUGCUUCGCCUUUACCUUGGACUCAAGUUGCUGAACCAAAACGAUCGACUUCAACUCCAAUAGAUGUAAAUUCACCUAACAUGUCUACAAUUUUAAACUCUACAAAUCUACCAACUCCAAUAUUACCCAAUUCAAUUUUACCUACUAAUAGUACGACCGAUAAAUUAACAAAUGGACUUUCGGAUAUAACAUCAGCGACACUGCCUGUUUUCGAAUUUUGUCCGAAUGAAACACCAGAACACAAUAAUGAAGCACCUCCUGAUUUAGUACCAGUUACAACACCUAAUAAUAUUCAAUCAAUCAAGCCGGAAAUAAAAAAUGAAAAAAUCGAAGUCAAAUUAGAGCAUAAUGAUGUAACAACAAAUAAUGAUGUAAAUAAUGAUAAUAUUAACAGUGUUAUUGACAUUAAACAAGAAAAUCGGCUAGGUAAUCAUGUUGAUGAAAAGCACGAUGUGAAAUCAGAAAAGGAAAAACCAUUAACAAAAAAAGAAUUGGAUGAUGUGCGAAAACAUAAUUUUUCAAUUAGAGAGAUUAUACAUAAAGAAGUAAGAAAACGAGGAACUAAUUAUUCUACUUUAUUUUCUCAUAUACGUCAAGUUAAGGGAACUCUAGACAUUCGAAUUGCCUUUGUGCGUGAUAUUGUGAAAGAAUCACUUCGAUUUAAACGCCGAACUUUAGCAAAACUUUUAGAGGAUUAUUUGGGCUCUAUUCAAGAAGAUGGUUGGGUAACGAAUUGUAAAAUAAAUCACAAUGGUGCAAAUAAGAUGAACUAA